UUCUCGUCUUCAUCAUGUUUUUUACCAAGAUGCUUACCCCAGUUGCCUUGUAUAACGUUUUGUUCUUGGCUUUUUCGAUCGGUGAAGUGCAGCUCUCUAUCCAUUAUGUCACGGGACCGACCAUAGAGCGUGGGCAAUCUCUUCAGUUGCAGUGUCGGGGAAAGACAGUACUGGCUCCAGUUUACUAUUGGAAAUUCAAAGACAGGCUGAUCUGUGACAGCUCCCAACCCAUCGACCGUUCGUCUAGAUUCAGAUGUCCUAACAAUGAUCUAGUUCUCCCGUUUGUCGACGCUGCAGAUGAUGGGCACUACUUCUGUCUAGUGCCAGGAGUAGGAAAGAGCCCUCUCGCCACUGUGACAGUAACCGGUACCACUGAUACACCUAGAGUCAUGAUGCCAACGCCUGCAACUAGCAGACCAAAGUCUGUUGGGACAGAACGUUCUACCAAUACAGCAACACGUCCUACUACCACAAACGACGUCUCCCCAACCGGAAGCUUGACUAGAGAUCAAGGUGGCAUUAAUACAGUGACUUCAUGUGCUGCCUUUCCAACAACCAUGCUUACUACUAACACAACAGCUAAAGCUGCAGGAUCAGUCACAUUCUGUUGUACCUGGAUUAUAAUAGUUCUUUCUGUAUUUGCUGUCGUAUGGAUUUCUACUGAUUGAUGCAUGUUGUAAAGUCAUUCGUGCAAACAAUCUGAGACGAAUGAUAAGUUAUUCUGUAUUCUCUAUUCUUAUUCAUAAAUUUGGACAGAAUGUGUUUUUGCGGUCAAUGAUGUAGAUGUACAUGUAUUUGCAGGAGCUAAAAAUUGUCUAAAAGAUACGUGUA